AUGACCACUCACGCCCCCACCAACCCGCUCGGCGAGCCCUUCAAGAACCUCGUCCACGAAACCCUAAACCAAUGGCACGUCCCAGGCAUGUCAAUCGCCGUCGUCGACGGCGACAACACCUGGGCCCAAGGCUACGGCACGGCCACCUUCCCCUCCACCCCCGUCACCCCCUCCACCCUCUUCUACGCCGGCAGCACCACCAAAGCCUUCACAGCAACCAUCCUAGCCACCCUCGUCUCCGACAACACCAACUACCCCCAAGUCCAAUGGGACACGCCCAUAAGCCAACUGAUCCGAGACGACUUCGUCCUCCACGACGACCACGCCACCACCCACACCACCAUCGAAGACGCCCUAUCCCACCGGUCCGGCCUGCCCCGCCACGACCAAGCCUACGGAAACAAUCUCCCUCGAGACACCGCCGUCCGGGAACUCGUCCGCCAGCUCCGCCAUCUCCCCCUCACAGCCGAACCGCGCACCAAAUUCCAAUACUGCAACCUCAUGUACAUCGUGGCUACACACAUCAUCGAGACCCUCACCGGUGAAUGGCUAGGUGAUAUCCUCGCCCGCGAGAUCUGGCAUCCACUAAACAUGCACGCUACAUUCUUCGAUCUCGACGAUGCCAGAAACGCACCUGAGGACCUAGCACGCGGAUACUACCACUUCCCUGAAGAUAACACCUACCACGGCGUAGAUUGGAUGCCUUGCACCGAGAUCUCCGGUGCAGGGGCAGUAAUCACCAAUGUCCUUGAUUACGCGAAAUGGGCGAGGGCGUUAAUCAACCAGUCCCCGCCUUUAUCAUCAUCCGUAUAUAAAGCCAUCUUCAAGCCGAGGACUGUAUUGCCCUCUGAGCCACCGUUUACGGGCCCGCGCGCGUAUGCCCUCGGCUGGUGGACGGGCGUAUAUCAAGGUGUAGAGUAUUAUGAACAUACGGGGGGCGUGAAUGCGUUUGGAGCGGAACUGAUCAUUUUCCCGACUUUGCAGUUCGCGGUGGUUGCGUUGGCGAAUACGGCGGGCACGUCGAAUGAAGCUGAGAAGGCUGUAGUGUUUCAUUUGAUUGAUGAAAAACUGGGGGUACCGGUUGAGAAGCGGUUUGAUUGGAAUGCUGAGUAUGUUGUUCCCGAAUCUAUUACCGAACACAUCGAAACCGAAAAGAAAAAAGUCCUCGAUGCAAUCAAUCACACUCCCCCGGAACCUGUUCUUCCGACCUCACUGCCUCUAGAGGAGUAUGCUGGGACGUAUGUGCAUCCGGGGUAUCAGACGGUCAAAAUAUAUCUGGAUCAGAAAGAGGGAGUGCUCCGUGCCGACCGCGGUUUCGCGACCUGGCCGGAGUUUCUAAAGUUUAAACAUGUCAAUGGGGAGCAUUUUUUAAUCGUAGCGGAGCAUGUUGGGGAUCUGGGGGCGUUGUUUCCGGAAGUUUAUGCAGCUGAGUUUCGGGUCGGGGAGAAGGGGAAGCCGGUUGCUCUGGGGGUGGCGUGGGAGAAAGCAAUGGAGGGAAAGAUUUGGUUGACGAGGGUGGUUUAA